UUGUAUGACGCGCCUACGUCAGGACACAUGACCAUGACAACAGCCGUCAACAGAUCAGUGUUUGACAGAUGUUCGUGCGGGACGAACCACUUCAUUCAAUGCCCGAGGAAGAAGCGCAGGGGAGCGGUCAGUGUUUCUGGAUUAUUCACCGGAGGAGGAGAGCUGCGUUUUUACUGAAACAUGUCCGGGGAAAAGGCGACGAGUCCCUGUAACAAAUUUCAAGCCAACAUCUUCAAUAAAAGUAAGUGUCAGAACUGCUUCAAGUCCCGGGAGCUGCAUCUGCUGAACGACCAUGACAAGGAGCAGGCAAAACCCAUCUAUGGAGGCUGGCUGUGUUUGGCUCCUGAGGGGACAGAUUUUGAUAACCCGAUGCAGAGGUCAAGGAAAUGGCAGCGGCGCUUCUUCAUCCUGUACGAACACGGCAGCCUGAGCUUCGCCCUGGAUGAACUGCCGAGCACUUUGCCUCAGGGAACGGUGAACAUGAAUCUGUGCACAGACAUCACCGACGCCGAGCCCAGGACGGGACAGAGAAACGCCCUCUGCAUCGUCACGCCGGAGCAGGAAAUAUUCAUCCGUGGUGACAAUAAAGAGAUUAUCAAUGGGUGGAGUGAACAGCUCGCAGUGUAUCUACGAACCAACAAACAAAAUCAGAAGAAGAAACGUAAAGUGGAACCUGUCGCCACCCAGGAGCCCAGUCCUGCAAAGAUGGCUGCAACUGAUCCGGCAGAGUCCGGCUGUGGUCGGUGGCAGGAAGACCAGCAGGGCAGGGGACCGGAUGUGACCCCCAUCUGGACUGUCACAGACCCAGACCCCCCGGGCCUGGAGCGGACCCCUGCAGGCAACCCGUCUGUCUACCUGUGCCCGGUCUCCCCGGACUCACUGACCUCAAACAGCACCGGGAGCCCAGUUUUGGACCCGGCAGCCAACGGAAACGCCAACCCCGCUGGCGGUAACAACCAGCUGGCCGAGUCAAACAACAUCCAGACGUCAGCAAACAACAAGAACCAGAGCCAGGACAGAAGCCAUGGCAGCACGGCAGAGAGGAUUCUGGGAUCGGAGGCCACCAAGAAGGAGCAGGGAGGGGGCGCAGCAGCUUCCAGGAAGGGCAGGAGUGAAGCUCGCACCAGCAAACGAGAGAAGCUGCAGUCGUGCGGUGACUUGGCCCAGCUCAGCGCUCCCCCUCCCCAGAGACGAGCCAAGUCUCUGGACCGCAGGACGUCGGACACGGUCAUGACGCCAGAUUUACUGAACUUCAAGAAAGGCUGGAUGGUGAAGUUGGAUGAAAAUAACCAGUGGAAGAAAUACUGGUUUGUGCUGUCGACUGACAGCCUGAGAUACUACAAGGACUCAGUCACUGAGGAGGCUUCAGACCUCGAAGGAGAAAUCGACCUGACGAGGUGUUAUAAUGUGUCUGAGUACCAGGUGCAGAGGAACUACGGUUUUCAGAUCCAUACGCCAACGGCCGUCUACACGCUGUCGGCCAUGACAGCAGGGAUACGCAAGAACUGGAUCCAGUCUCUGAUGAAGAAUGUUCAUCCAGCCAACGCUCCAGAUGUGGCCAGUUUACCUGGCCACCACCUUCCCUGCAGCCCACCUGAGGCUCUCCCCAAACCAGAUGUGACCCAGGACUCCACCGUCAUCCCCACAGACCCUCACCCCAAACCCAGGAGCGUGACGGAGAAACGGCGGGAAGGCCGCUACAGAACCUUCGACUGGGCCGAGUUCAGACCUCAGAACAAACUGCCGACAACGACGCCGGAGUCCGACCCCCAGAGGGCAAAAUCCCCGUGCUCGCUGGAGCUGGGCGACCUAGAGAGAAGGAGGAGGCGGGAGGAGAGGAGGAGGAGGUACGAGAGCAUGCUGGGCUUCUCUCUGAGCUGGGACGAGACUAGACAUAAGAUGGAGGAUGAUGGCGGCGGCGUCAGAGUGCUGAGUCCGAAAUCACAGCAGAAAGUGGAGGAGGAGAUAGAGGAGUGCUGGAGGCAGGUGGAGAAUACGGUGUUCAGGCUGGAGAGGAGAGUCCCUCUGUUUACUGAGACCAAGGACAUGGUGGAGAUGGAGAAGCUGCUGGACGGCUACAGGAAGGGGGUUGAGGAUCUGAAGGUUCAGCUGGCAGAGUCAGAGCGUCACAGACUGGAGCUUGAGGCUCAGCUGAGUCCAGAAGGAUCUCAGCAGCACCAGGUCACAUCGCUGGAUCCUCCACUAGAUCUUGAAACAGAUUUUUGCCGAUCAGACUCAAAUGAAAAACCAUCAAACAGCCAAACAGAGAGUCUGAAAGAUGUAUACGAAGAGACCAGAGAUCUGUCACAGGAAACACAGGAACCACCUUCAUCAGCGCCUCAGAUGCCGAGCAUCUGGCUUCAUGACACCGAGGGAAACUUCCAAGAACUGGGAGAUCUCUUCUCUGAGAGUGAAGCUACACCUUUACUUUCACCUGCAUCAGACGGAGAGUGUGACGGAGAGAUUACAGGACUGAACUUUGACAGCACGACAACCAAAUUUCCCACCUCAGAAACAAAAAUAAUUCACAGUGACUACAGCUCAGAUUCAAAGUCGACAGUUGGAGGUGACAGCUCACCUACCCGUCUCGUGGAGCAGCACAUCCCUCCGGACCAGGCAAUAGUGAGGAGGCUCUCCCAGGAGGUGGAGCUGCUCACCAGCCAGAACGAGGCUCUCAACCAGCGCAACCAGGAGAUGCUGAACCAGCUGACGGAGGCCGACCGCGAGAUAGAGCGGCUGAAGGCGGAGCUCAGCAGCCGGUACACCGAGCCCCACCACCUCCCAGAGGUGGAGCAGCAGGGGGAGAUGAGGCUGGAAGAUCUGGAGAGGGAGCUGAGCCUGAGGACCCAGGAGCUCCUGGAGGCCCAGACCCUGAUCACAUCUCUGGAGGAGAAUCUGAGGGAGACAGAGGUGUUGCUGCAGACAAACGUCCCGACAGAGAGGGAGGAAACGGGGGAGGAGAAGGAGGGAUACCUGCUGAGGUGCUUCGAGGCGACGGAGGCGAAGCUGACGGAGCUGGAGAAGCGGCUCGACCAAUCAGAAACGAACUACAAGGAGCUGCAGGUGCAAAACGAAGAGCUGAAGGAGGCAGAGAAACUGUAUCGACAGAGAGCUGCAGAGGCGGAGGCUGACGUCAGGAGGUUACAGGAAGAGAAGAGGUGUGUAACCGGAGAAGAAAGGAUCCAGCAAGUGAUAGAGGGGAUGAUCACGAGGUUGGAGGCUUUGGGGAAAUUACUGGAGGUGAUCGACAAGUUGGAUUUUGGGGCAGAAAGUGAGUGCGAGGAAAAGAUGUCUGCGGUGGAAAGUCAGCUGAGGUGGGAGGAAACAUUCUGGAGUUUACUUCUCGACGAGCUGCAGGUCAGUCCUUCGCUGUCGGAGGAGGAGAAAUCUGUGGAGCUGAUGAUGAUGUUGGAGAGAGAGAUGCUGCUUUCAGGCCUCCCUGAGAUCAGCUCACGCACAGAUCUGGAUGUUAUCUCAACUUCUGCAAGUGUAACAGCAACAGAAGCAAAAACGAUCGAGCUGUGCGACUUUAAAGCGAUCACCCAGGUGAAAAUCUCUUUGCUGAACCACAUUGCCGCCUCCCUCAGCACCUCUACCCCAGAGAAACUCCAGCUGAUCGCGGAUAAGUUUAGCGAAUUUCACGUUUCAGAGCGCACUCGGUUCGGUUUCAUCCACUCUGCAGCCACCGAGUCACUGUACUGCUGUCAUUUAAACCGGCUUCGGGCAAAAUAUGAGAAGGAGCUCGAAGAAACCAAACAGAAACUUCUCGACUGCAGCAGCAGCUGUUUGAAACUGAAGGAGGAAAACAAGGAGCUGAAAGAAAGACUGUCAAACCUUGAAGGAGAAAAGAUGAACAUGUGCUGUCAGACAGAUGAGAUCUUCCAGGAAGAUAAAAUAAUGGAGGAGGAGGUGGAGGAGGUGGAGUCCUCGCUUAACCAUACUGAAACCCCACCUUUGGGAAUCCAGGAGGUGUCGUAUGAAAACUCAGAGGAAAGCGACGAAUCCCAACAGGAAACAGAUCCAGACCUGGAGCCGGAGCGAGUUUUAGAACUGAGAAGAAGAGUGAAGGAGCUGGAGGAGCUGCUGACCGUCACCGUGCAGGAGGUGAAAGAGGAGUUCGACAGGAAAACGAGUUCAGCUCAGACUCAACACGAGAAGGAGAUGGAGAAGAUGAAGGUCACAUGUGAGCUGGGGUUUGCCUCCAUGGAGGAGUCUCACCGGAAGAUGGUGGAGGAGCUGCAGCGCCGACACCAGCAGGAGGUGGAGCGCCUCCUGGUGGAGAGAGAUCAACUGCUGGAGGAGGAGAGCGCAGCGACUGCAACCGCGAUCGAAGCGAUCAAGAACGCCCACCGUCUGGAGCUGGAGCGGGAGGUGCAGAGGAGGUGUCAGUCAGAAAACAUCAACGGAAACACAAACCUGGAGGAAAUACACAAACAACACAGUGGGGAGCUGGCCUCCUUCCAGCGGGAGCUCGAGGUUUUGUCACAGCAGUUUUCUCUGAAGUGUCUGGAGAACGGACACCUGGUCCAGGCUCUGGAUGCAGAGAGGAAGGCCCUGUGUCAGUGUCAGCAGGAGAACCAGGACCUGAGGACCAGAAACCAGGAGCUGAGCGGUCACCUCGCAGCAGAGAUCACCAGACUGUGUUCGCUCGCCAAACAGGACGACCUGCCGCUCAGUCAGGGUAUGGACAUCUACGAGAUGGAGAUCACGUUGCGAGUGAAGGAGUCGGAGGUUCAGUGUCUGAAGCAGGAGAUCACGUCUCUGAAAGAUGAACUGCAGGCGGCUCAGAGGGACAAGAGGAACGCAACAAAGAAAUACAAGGACAUGUACACCGAGCUGAGCAUCAUCAGAGCGAAAACACAGAGAGAGAUGGACGAACUGAGAGAAAACCUGAGGCUGGCUCAUCGAGCUCUGGACCAGACUUCACCGUGAACCCAUUAUAUUUGUCUUCACUGUAACAGAAACUACUUUACACGCAGUAUUACCCUCAAAAAAAUUAUUUAAAACAACAAAAAAAGGUGUAUUUAAUGAAACUAGGAGCUUUUAUCUUCUGUUUUUUUAUUUUAGAUUAAUUCCUCCUGUGGUAAUUGUGUCAAACUUAUAUUUAAUUUUUUGGGUUUUUUUAUUUUUUCUUGACCAAAUAUCACCAUAAAAAUACUCUGUGUUGUAUAUACAGUGUUAUAUCUGUACAGCUUCAGUAUGUCUUUAUACUUUAAUCUGAUUUGCACAGGUACAUGUCUCCCAUCACUGCUGUAAGUGUUAAAACUGUAUUUUUAAGCAAUUAAAUAUUUUAAAUGAAACACAAUUAUAAACAGGUAACGUUACACAAACUGUAAUUUAUAUUUGUGCACAGCAGUGUUAUUAAUAUAAACUGAUUUUUUACUAAAUGAAUUUGGCUGAUUAAACCUAAACAGUUCUG